UGAUUAGCUGCAAGCACCUUCCUGCAUGCAGACGCGACAGUGUGGGGAGCCCCCAGCCCUGUGUUUGCUCAGCCCUGCGCUCAGCCUCGUGGAAGGAUGUUGCAUGCCUAGUCUACGAGUACCGUACAACGACCUCUGCCCGCAUGUUUGCCCUUUCGCUACCAGUUUGUGUGAGAGGUGUAUAAGACGAUGGUCCUGCCCCCCUCGACUGAACCCCACUUUCCGACCCCAAACACCCGCUCAGGAAGCCGAUGCACAAAAGCGAACAUGACCGAAAACACCAUUCAUAGACAAUCUUUCUCCGUCGAUAACCUCAGCGUUAGGAGCGUGACCAUUUACCCUUCUCGCGCUGCCAUUGUUAGGGAUAUUAACAAUGUCACUAUCAAGGUUUGCCACUGUCGUCUUUGUCCCCUAUGGCUAUCGGCUAACCAUUGCAGCCGGGGAGAAACGAGAUUGUUAUCUACAACCUCACCCCGCACGCCGAAGCCGACUCGAUCAAGGUCGAAGGACACAACACCCCGGCCCUCAUCACGGACAUGGCCGUGGACCUGGUCCCCAACGCCAAGUACGACGAGCACCAAUUCAGCGAUUACUCCGACAGCGACACAUCGUCGGGAGAGGAAGAGACGUCCCCGGAAUUGCAAGCUUUGGAAGCCCGAUUGAAAGCGAUAUCCCAGCAAUUAGCCCAUCACCAGGAGACCGAAGCAUCGUGCGUUCAGCAGCGACAGUACAUGGACACCUUUAUAAUGACCUGGGCCUCAAAGGCUACCAUCGCUCCAUCAGAGACCAUACGUAAAGAAUUGAGCAAUUACGAAACCACCCGUCAGGAAGCCUUCCAUAAGCUGGCGGAGGCCAAGGAUUGCACCGAGAGCACGAGAGCCGAGUUGGAAAAACUCAAAAGGGCGCACGAAAAGAUGAAGAGCCGGUGGGAGAAGACGCUUCGCAAAAAGAACGCCGCGAAAACGGAGCGUCGGCGACGCAAAGAAUUCGCGAGGAAAGAGCGCAAAGAGCAGAAGCUGUAUACUCCGGAGAAAGUUUACCGCGUCAAGAUCACCGUCGAAUUGGACAGCUUACCGAAGGGAACCAAAUCCGUUCCCAGCGCAAUUGACACCGGAAGACCCCCGAGGGCGGACGAUGACGAGCCACCGGUCAACGACGGCGGGCCAAGUUUACGCAUUUCGUACAUCGCCGGAGGAGCGUCUUGGGUACCCCGAUACGAUAUCCGCCUGGAUACCACGUCGAAUACAGGAUCCAUUUCCUACAGGGCCCACUUCUACAAUAAAACCGGUGAGACCUGGCGAGAUGCCAAAAUCACGUUGUCAACCUCGCAAACCUCCUUUAACGGAAUCGAAGACAAAGCGCCCUGGAUGGAUGCCUGGCGCGUAUCUCUCAAGCGGCGGGGACACUACGGCAGCGAUAAAGAUGGCGGACUAUACGCCGUCCCCGAGCAAGAGAAGCGCGAUGUGAAGAAGGUAGCGGCAAAACGCGCAAAGGCCGAAUUCUGCUCCCAUGGGCAAGAGUACGACCGUUCCGGUGCCUUGGGGAGUUCGCGCCCUCAAUGCGCAGCUGCAAUGUCUGCCGGCGGAUCCCAGAACGCCCGCAAGGCGAAGAGAGGCAUCUCCUUCAGCAGCGGCAGUAGCAUCACCAUGCUCAGUCGUCGCCGGAGCAUGAGCAAGCCCGUCGCCCCCUCUGAGAACCCGUACUCCAGCGACUCGAGCGAUCCCAGCGAUGACGAUAGUGACGACGCAUCCACAGUGCUAGACUCCCCGCCGAACAGGAUGGGCAUCGCAACCAGCACGUCGGAAACCCACGGACUAACAACGACCUACGACCUCCCUGGAAUCCGAACGGUCGUCUCGUCAAAGCAGCUGUCCCGCUACAUCAUUUCCGAAUUCGCCCUCCCAUCCGUGGAAUUCUCCCACCUGGCCGUACCCAAAUACCGCACCGCCGUAUUCCUCAAAGCCCGUCUUCGCAACCCCUCCCCCACCACCCUUCUACGUGGCCCUGCCGGCUUAACAAUCGACGGGACAUUCCUGGGAAGUUCAACCGUAACCCGCUGUGCUCCAAAUGAUGCGUUCGAAAUUGGGCUCGGCGUAGACGAGGAAGUAACCAUCACAUACGCCAAGCCGGUCCGUCGCGUAGCCUCGGAGGGAAUGCUCGUGAAGGAGCAAGUGCUAACCUACGAGCGGAACAUAAGUAUCUACAAUACCAGGUCCACACCCAUCACGCUAAUCCUCUUUGAUCAAGUCCCCGUCAGCGAAGAGGAGAGGCUGAGAAUCGCGGUUAAGCGGCCAGCUGUGAAGAAUGUUGGUGACACGCUUCAUGGCACGGCUACGAAUGUCAGGUUCUUCUCGGGCUUUGAGAUGGGUGGGAAGAAGCCGACAAGCGUGCCCGCCGGACCGGGAGCCAAGGUGGAGCUAAGGAAGAACGGGGAGGUUAGGUGGGAGAUUGGCCUAGAGAAGGGUGCCAAGGCCAGAGUUGGGUUGGAGUACGAGGCGAGGAUGCCGACAGCGGAUGUUAUCUGUGCAGAGAGGGGUGGGGAUUGAGUGGGUUCCUUUGUUUCGUUUGCGACUUGGGUCUGGCGGGCGGGAUAGGGGAGUGGACGUUGUCUUCCUGCGUCAUGUUUUUAUCUCUGCCCAUUAAGUGCUCUCAAUCUAAUGCAGCAACACCUAUAAUCUCGUAUAACCACCGUACUCGGGGACAAAGGCCCACAAGAAAGAUUAGUGUUUCCCCCACACGGGAAUGCUUGAGCGUGUUGAAUCCCAUUUACCAGGAUUCGCAAUUCCGAUAACCCGUCAAACCAAAUCCAUUGUAGGUCAAAGUCACAAUUCCCAAUAACAAUUCGACAGCGGACCACAAGACUCCACGGUACGCGCUAACAGACUAUCCGGUAGACAUAUAUUUGGUACAAAGGCAUCGAGUGAACGAUGGACGGGGCAGAAAGGAAAAUAGACCAUCUAUUAUCAAUACUAUCAAUACUAUAAUAAUACUCAUAUGAAUAUCACCAGUAGCGCAAACCAAUUCGUGAGUGAUUUUCCGUGAUUCCUUACCCAUGCCCAGAGACCAACCCCGCGUACAGUACUGCACUAGUACACGCGAGAAAUAUCACCCGCCGCCCAAAUAAUGCCUAAAUGUUGCAAACAGCGAUGAGCCUCUGGUUAUAAACCCCCCGCGCCGGAAAGAGAGGUGCAAUUUGUUUCAACGGAUGUGAACGACUGAAUCCCCGGGGAAAACAGCUUCCGCUCAAGACGUACAUACAGGUAGGAACCACGUACGCGCGCGAUGGAACUGCCGUCGUCAAAUUGUGCCGUGAUCUGCUACGGUAGCGUAAUGCGUAACCCGGUCGCGGGGAAUGCUACUCGUGUGCAAGUAUGAGGAUUCAACCGGAGGUCUUGUGGUGUAUAAAAUCUCGAGCGUGGUAUUGUACUAGUAGGAAGGGAGGAAGGUUCACAGAUUGAAUCCGGUGUGAGAGGUUCGCGGGUGUCGAAGACCUACAUAUCCAUAUCUUUCACCGAAGUCAACAGCCGUUAUUGUUAUUGGCCCAUAGCAAAACGUGUAAAUCCGAUACGUGGGAAAAGAUGCGCGUUGAAAGACUGCCCUGCCCGCCAAAAGGAAAAUCAUAUCUGGAUCCCGUAAGCUGAAAAGAAGAAAAAAAGGGCUCGAUGGGUGAGGAAGCU